AUGGAACAGAAAAAUGGAAGUUCCUUCACUGGGUUUAUCCUCCUGGGUUUCUCUGACAGGCCUCAACUUGAGCUGGUCCUCUUGGUACUUCUUUUGAUCUUCUACAUCUUCACUUUGCUGGGAAACACAACCAUCAUUGCAUUGUCCUACUUGGACCCACAUCUUCACACCCCUAUGUACUUUUUCCUCUCUAACCUGAGCUUUUUGGAUAUGCCCCUUCACUACACGGUAAUCAUGCACCCCCGUCUAUGUGCCCUGAUGGCUUCUGCUUCAUGGAUCAUUGGUUUUGCCAACUCCUUGUUGCAGACAGUUCUCAUCUUCCUUUUACCACUUUGUGGGAGAAAUAAAUUAGACCACUUCCUUUGUGAAAUCCCUCCUUUUCUCAAACUUGCCUGUGUUGACACCACUAUGAAUGUUCAUGCGAUCUUCUUUACCAGUGUCAUCAUUCUUCUCACACCUGUUGCAUUAAUCAUGUUCUCCUAUGGUCUGAUUGUCAGGGCGGUCUUAAGAAUAAAGUCUACUGCAGGGCAGAGAAAAGCAUUUGGUACAUGUGGAUCCCACCUCACGGUGGUUUCCCUGCUCUUUGGCACAGCCAUCUAUGUGUAUUUUCAGCCCAGCAGCAACAACUCCCAGGAUCAGGACAAGUUCAUGUCUCUCUUCUACACUGUCAUUAUCCCCAUGACCAACCCCCUCAUAUAUACGCUGAGGAACAAGGAUGUGAAGGGAGCAAUGGAGAAGGUGCUUUGGAAGGACUCUGACUCCAGAUGA